AAAAGGUGUGUAAAGUACAAAAUAAUAUUUUAAAUGCAUUUCAUUUAUAUUUGAAUGAUGGAAAACAUCUAAAUGUAUAAUUAAAAUACUUUGUUAUAAAUAUUUGGCACGUUUUUCAACUGUGUUCAAUUGAAGCUCUCUGGCAGGAUGUCCAUGUUUGGCUCUCUUAAAAUGUGUCAGUGCUCAGCAGCUUCACCUCAAAAGACAUUAUUAUCUAUGAUCUGAUUCUGGACAAUGAUAUGAUGCUAUAAAAUUCUAGUUUAUUUGAAGAAUUUUAUUUGAACAAAAAUUCACUGCACUUUAAACAGCAAACACAAUUUGAUGUUAAUUUUUUUGUGUUUAAUUUAUUUUUAUUUCUUGUUUUUUCUUUACUUCUAUUUGUCAAGCGGUUGACAUGGAUGUGUGGUUUACAUGGGGGCUGCGGCUACAGCUAGGUAGUAGUGGUUUGGAUUAUCACGUGAACAUCAGUUAAAAUGAAUUGUCUUGUUGUAAUAACAAGAAAUGACCACUAGAGGUUGGUCGAGUCCUUCAAACCGCACUGAGAUGUUUUUCUGGAACUCAUCUCAAAGAUCCAUUUGAUUUAAACACAACCCUGUUCUGGUUAAUUGAAGAUAUUUAAAAUUUUGAAUGUCUAUUUUUACACGGUGCUUUAAAACCAGUUCUAAUCUAACUUCAUAUUUUAUUUUUUUCUCCUACAUUUCCUCACAGGCUUCCUGCAAAUAAAUUGCUAUUGACGUGGGGGAAAAAUAAAUUUCUUAUUUUCAUGACCUUGUUGCGUCUUUCAAGCCAUCCGAUGUUCUCUUAAAAUGUUAUCCGAUGUCAUUAGAUCUGAGUUGAUGCGGGUGAUCAGAGUUUUUCUGAUAAGCUGUGACUGAAAUCUCGCUGCACUCACAUUGUAGAAUCGUAAACAGGAUUUUGCUGAUAAGAUUCAUAGCCUACUUUCAGUUUUAGACCUACAGCUCAAUAACGGAACGGUUUUAUUUCUCCUCUGAUUGGAAUCUUAUCGUUUUAUUAGGAUUUAAACUCCGUAACAAAAUAACUUGUAUGAUUUCAGAUGUUGGAGCCAAACUUGUUCUCACACUGAUUUCCGUCCUUAGAUCCUCAGGUUAGUCAGCUCUGGCUGCAGUGCGCGCGUCUGUUUGGAGCUGUGUGACAUGAAGUUGCUUGGGAAGCUUUCAGCCACCAUGUGGGCGUGUUUCUCUGUGCCCAGCAGCCUCCGAUCUUGUGUGGAGUCCAGUACGAAGAACGCACUUCUUCUGGUGCGUCCGAAGAGCACAAAAAGGAGCUCUCCAACACUGACGAGCGAACCAUCUCCAGCUCUGGCGGGUUCCCCUGAGUCAAACCUUACCGUGAGAGCAAUAGAGAGGGGGUGGGGGGUGGGGGGAAGAGAAAAAGAGGAGAAAAAGGGCUCAUUGCCACCUUCCAGCCAUGGACGCAUCUCGAGUUGUUGCGGUUUAUCUGGGCCUUAUUUUCCUUGGGAUUAAACCGUGUUUCCAGUCUGCUGUUCUCAUCCCUGCGCCGAGGAGGAACAUGGAGACCAGGGUCUUCCAUCCGGGCGUUCAAAGAUCAUCCAAACUGAUUAAAGACUUCUUUACCGCCGGACAUCACAGACAAGACACAAAGGACGCUGUUAUUCCGCACGAAUACAUGCUCUCCAUAUACAGAACUUACUCCGCGGCGGAGAAACUCGGACUAAACGCAUCCUUUUUCCGCUCCUCCAAAUCUGCGAACACCAUAACCAGUUUUGUGGACAGAGGAACAGACAAUCCGCUGCACUCUCCUUUGUGCAGACAAAAGUAUCUGUUUGAUGUCUCGACCCUGUCGGAGAAAGAGGAGCUGGUCGGAGCGGAGUUAAGGUUGUUCAGGAGAGCGCAGGGGACGUCACAGACUUCAGCUCUCUACAACAUGCAACUGCGCCCCUGCCACUCUGACGCACUGUUGGACACAAAGUCCCUGGACACUAUGGACUCCUCCAAAGCUGGCUGGGAGGUUUUGGACGUGUGGGACGUGUUUAAAGCACACCGUCUCUCUCAUCAUGGGAGGCAGCUUUGCUUCCAACUCAAGGCUACGCAGUCAGGUGCCGAGGUGAACCUGAGACAGCUGGGCCUGGACCGGAGCAGUCGGACCCAGCAGGAGAAGGCCAUCCUGGUGGUCUACACUCACUCCAGGAAGAAGGAGAACCUGUUCAUUGAGAUGAAGGAGAAGAUUAAAUCACGGAAGGAUGAAAAGGAAAAGGGGGAGGUGGCACAAACCCGCAGGGCCAGAGCUGAGGGGCUCCGGCGGCGGCGGAGGAUGGCGCUGGGCAACCGGCAUGGGAAGAGGCACGGGAAGAAAUCCAAGUCCAGGUGUAGCAAGAAGCCGCUGCACGUGAACUUCAAAGAGCUGGGCUGGGACGACUGGAUCAUCGCACCACUUGGGUACGAGGCCUACCACUGUGAAGGGGUGUGCGACUUCCCGUUGAGGUCACACCUGGAGCCCACCAACCAUGCCAUCAUACAGACGCUCAUGAACUCCAUGGACCCCUACAGCACCCCACCCAGCUGCUGUGUCCCCUCCAAGCUCAGCCCCAUCAGCAUCCUCUACACCGACUCUGGGAACAAUGUGGUGUACAAACAGUAUGAAGAGAUGGUGGUGGAGCAGUGCGGCUGCAGGUAGCCUACGUUUCUAUUUUUAAAUGUGAAAAGAAAGACAAACCUAGAAGUCCUGUUGGGUAUGAAGUGCUUCAGGAGGGAUGUGCGUGCAGGAGGCGCAGUCUUCUCACACUAACCUAAAGCACAUUUCUUCUCAUUCACGCACCGAGUUCUCACUCAUCAGACGGCUCCAGGCCCAUUCAGCACAAACAGGGACCACACGCCCAAAGAUAGGGGAGCCUGCUGAAUCCGAGCGCACCUGUUCGUGCUGAGAUCAGAGGUCCUUUAGAGGUUUGUGCAUCCAGGUCACGAUGGAUGCAGUCUGAAGGCCCGAGCCAGGGUCUGCUAUCCCAAAUAACCCCCUGAAGAAAUAAAUAAAAUAAAAUAAAUCCAAGAGGAGGUGAGAGUCUACACACUCUGAGGAGAGGAGGAUGGUGGAAAUGCCUUCAAGAGAUUUGAUUCAGGCUUAUCUGGAGACCAGCUGAGAGGAGAAGGGAAGUUCGGACACAAGUUCAGAUGAACCGGAAUCCUGUUUUAUUAAAGGGAUAAUCCAAACAUUUUAAAGUGGGGUUCCACUGAAAAGUUGUAAAUGUUUUAACAGAUAUAUUUUUGAGAGGACUCGGUUUUUGGAAAAUUUGAGUUUAACGAUGAUCUAAUGGCUAGUCUGAAUGUAUCCAAGAUUUAAGUGGAUUGCUGCCAACUUACAAUGGUUUAAAUCUCACAAAAUGAAAAUGUUUUCAUUUAGAAAAAACAGACAAAAAGUCAAUUAAUCCUCUAAUGUGACUGGAAUAGAUGUAGAUUGUUAGCCAAACAUUAUGUAAAAAAAUGAAAAUUUUGCAACCAAACAAGUUCGCAUUGCACAAUUUUAAUCACAUUUUGAGUCACCACCCUUCUUCAGUCCAACCAUGUAGUCAACCAAGUAAUAGCAGCUAGCUCUGAUUAGAAUAAUGAAAGGUAGGGACCCAAAAUGUUACUUUUACCUAAUUUCCCUCUGGGAUCGAUAAAUUAUUUUUGAAUUGAAUUGAAUUGUAGAAUGUGAGUCAGUUUAUGGUGGACUUUCUUAUUUUUUUUAACCCUUACCUUACCGUCAGAUUUUCCUUUACACAGUUUGGACAGAAAUAUAACAUUCCUGUCAGAAUGAACCUCAGCAGAUGCUGCUUUGUGCAUGAAAAUAGGUUCAGAAUUCUAUGUACAUAAGCACAUAUUGUAAAACUGUCAGUUUAGCUUUUGCAUGAACUAUGAACAAUUUUGAAAUAAGCACAAACCACAUUGGUCUUUGCUGCAGUUGCCGUGAACUGGUCACUUUUGGUAUGAUGUCUGUUUCUCCAAACCUAAUUUUCUCACAGAACCUCACUUAAAAAAAUUACUGAAAUAUUUCUUUAAAAAUGAAAGGAAAGAAUAAAGCACACAAAACUUAGAAGAACUUUUUUUUUUGGCUCAAAGUCUGCUUCUUUACAAAAUGCACUUCUACAGCAAGAGAUUUUCUUCUCUGGUGACGAGAAUAUAAAAAGACUCAAGAUUAUAUUUAAAUGCACAUUAGCUUUGAAUGCACUGCUGUUUUUUGUUGUGUUUUGAACGUAAAGAUUUGUACAGUAAAAAACUUUUCAAAGUGCAACAAAUGAAGAAAUGAGCGAAUGACAUUUCUUUGUAAAUACACAAAAUGCACUCAAAUCAGUAAUUUCUAUUGUAUAUUAUUUUAUUAUUUGUGAUGUACAGAGUUCAUGAUAAUCAUAUAUUUCUUACAUUGAUAAGAGUAAUUUAAGGUGUCUUCAUUAUUUUGCAGAGGGAGGAAAUUAUUAUUAAUGUCUACCUCACAAUGAACAUUUAUCAGAUCUGAGUGAGGUGCAUUCAGUUAGUGUAAAGAGUUUUUACAUUGAUAUUAUAUAAAAUCCUUUAUAUACAUAUAUUACUGGACACUAUUCCACACCUUUACUGUGCAAAUAAAAGUCCAAACAAAGUCUGAAA